ACCCGGGGCGGGGCGGCCCAGCGGCUGCGCACUGGCUGCUCCGGGUCCCGACACAAGAUGGCGGCGGAGGGGAGGGCGCGGUGGAGGCGGGACGGUAGCAGGAAGCGGAGCGCUCUCCGGUGCCCCCAGCCCCUGACCUCACACGCAGCGCCCGCCGCGGGCCAGGCGCGCCCCCGCCCGCUGUGAAGAUGCGGCCGCAGCCCCGCGCAGCGCACGGCGUCGCUGGAGAGGAGCGCGAGGCCCGCGACCCAACCCGCAAUUGUAAGUAGCUCGGCGGCGCCCACGGAGCUCCGCGACCCCGGCCCGGCUGGACGCCGCCCGGCAGCGGGGAGCCGGGCCCUGCUGCUCCGCGUGUCCUGGCCGGCGAGGGACGGCGCCUCCGAGCGCGGGAUCUCCAGCCUGCUGCCUCCGCCUCCGGGUAUCGCCGCCUCCGCCGCCGCCUGACCCUGCACCAGCCGCGCCGCCGGCGCGCACUGCCCCUGGCUGUAACGGGCCCUUUCAGACUGUACGUUAGGCUCGUGUCAUUUCUGUUUGAUGUUCAUUGCAUGUUCUGAGAAAUGGCCAAUGAGAAUCACGGUAGCCCUGGGGAGGAAGCUUCUCUGAUGAGUCACUCACCUGGUACCUCUAACCAGAACCAGCCCAGCUCCCCGAAACCCAUCCGACUGGUGCAGGACCUGCCAGAUGAGCUGGUGCAGGCUGGCUGGGAGAAGUGCUGGAGCAAACGGGAGAAUCGCCCUUACUACUUCAACCGUUUCACCAACCAGUCACUGUGGGAGAUGCCUGUCCUGGGACAGCACGAUGUCAUUUCGGAUCCUCUGGGAUUGAAUGCUGCUCCAAUGCCUGCGGAAGGAGGAGUGUUGGAAACCACUCCGGAGAGCAAGCCAAGGAAGAGGAGACUCUCUGAGGAAGUUCAGCCCAGUGGUAACAGCGUGAAGAAAGCUAAGGUGGAUGUUCCAGCGACCCCUACUGCCCAGCCAGUCCCCAGUUCUCCCAGUAUUCCGGGAACCCCUAUUUUAAAGUUGUGUGGUAUUACACCCGAAGAUAAACAACAGGCAGCUCUUUUACGACCAACUGAAGUAUACUGGGACCUGGAUAUCCAAACAAAUGCAGUGAUUAAGCAAAGGGCACCCUCUGAAGUGCUGCCUCUGCACCCCGAGGUGGAACUGCUUCGAUCCCAGCUCAUACUGAAGCUGCGGCAGCAUUACCGGGAACUCUGCCAGCAGCGAGAGGGGAUUGACCCUCCACGGGAAUCAUUUAAUCGCUGGAUGUUGGAGCGGAAGGUAGUGGAUAAAGGGACAGACCCUCUGUUACCAAGCAACUGUGAGCCAGUAGUCUCUCCUUCCAUGUUCAGAGAAAUCAUGAAUGACAUUCCCAUCAGAUUAUCCCGAAUCAAGUUCCGUGAGGAAGCCAAGCGACUGCUAUUCAAAUAUGCCGAGGCUGCGAAACGGCUUAUUGAAUCCAGGAGUGCGUCACCAGACAGUAGGAAAGUUGUGAAAUGGAAUGUGGAGGACACCUUCAGCUGGCUGCGACGGGACCAUUCAGCCUCUAAGGAGGACUACAUGGACCGCCUAGAGCACUUACGUAAGCAAUGUGGGCCCCAUGUGUCUGCUGCAGCCAAGGACUCUGUUGAAGGCAUCUGCAGUAAGAUUUACCACAUAUCGCUCGAGUAUGUCAAGCGGAUCCGGGAAAAGCAUCUUGCCGUCCUCAAGGAGCACAAUAUAUCUGCCGAGGUAGAAGCACCAGAGGUCCAGGACCGGCUUGUAUACUGUUACCCAGUGAGACUGGCCAUCCCUUCCCCACCAGUCCCCAAUGUCGAAAUGCACGUGGAGAACAAUGUGGCAUGUGUUCGGUACAAGGGGGAGAUGGUGAAAGUGAGCCGCAACUACUUCAGCAAGCUGUGGCUUCUCUAUCGGUACAGUUGCAUUGACGACUCUGGCUGUGAGAGGUUUCUGCCCAGGGUUUGGUGCCUUCUCCGUAGAUAUCAGAUGAUGUUUGGUGUUGGUCUGUAUGAAGGAACUGGCCUGCAGGGGGCACUCCCGGUGCAUGUCUUUGAAGCCCUCCACAAGCUCUUUGGAGUGAGUUUUGAAUGCUUUGCCUCGCCCCUGAACUGCUAUUUUAAACAGUACUGUUCGGCCUUCCUGGACACAGAUGGGUAUUUUGGAUCCAGGGGCCCAUUCCUGGAUUUCAUCCCCAUAAGUGGCUCUUUUGAGGCAAAUCCUCCAUUCUGUGAGGAACUGAUGGAUGCCAUGGUCUCUCACUUUGAGAAACUGCUGGAGAGCUCCAAUGAGCCCCUCUCCUUCAUUGUCUUCAUCCCUGAGUGGAGGGACCCUCCGACACCAGCCCUGACCCGCAUGGAGCAGAGCAAGUUCAAGCGGCACCAGCUCAUCCUGCCAGCCUUCGAUCAUGAGUACCGCAGCGGGUCUCAGCAUAUCUGCAAAAAAGAGGAGAUGUACUACAAAGCCGUGCACAACACUGCUAUCAUCUUCCUACAAAACAACGCAGGCUUCACCAAGUGGGAGCCCACGCCAGAGCGGCUGCAGGAGCUCGUCACAGCCUAUAAGCACUCGGGACGGACCCUCAGUUCCACAGGUUCCUCCUCCACCUCCUCUUCCUCCUCCACCUCUUCCUCGACAGCAGAGAAAGAUCGGGAGACGGGCGGAGAGCAAAGCACCAGCCGGGAGACCAAUGCCAAUUAAUCUGCAGAGAGCAGUGUGUGGGGACAGACAGCAGGGGGCGAAGGGAACAGUGCUCCAGAGGAGGGGAGGUUUGAUGUGGCAGGUGGAGAGACUGCUGGCUGUGUAGUGCCAGGCCUGGGGGACUCUCUUCAGGCAGCUCCACACUGCUUGCUUUCCUCUGUAAACCUGCAAGGCCACUUUCCUCACCCGAGUGGAGGGAGAUUCCCUCGCCUUAUGCCCCGUGGGAAGAAGAUCGGCUGCUGCCCUAGACGAGGGGCAAAGAAGCCAAACGUCGCAGUCAUAGGAAGAGUCUGUAGCCCCUUCAAACACUAAAGCUCUGAGGAAGAGGCAGCUGGAGCUGGGACGGAUGAAGGAAGGACGGACGGACUGACAGACAGAGCUGUGGCCUAGAAGGUCCCUGGCAGCUGGCUGAAGCCUGUCGUUUCCAAGAGAAAAGCCGGCAGGGGCCAGAGGCUCUUCCUGCUGGCCGGGCACAGAACCCAGCUCCAUGUUCAGAGUGUAAAUAGUUCUGUCCGUGGCGACCAGGCUCCCUGCAGGGUUUGUUUCCGUAGCGUCCAUGUUUCCUUUCCACAUGUGCGAGUUCCGUGUUUGCCGAAGCUGUUUACCAUAUACAAGAAAAGCAGAGAAAAGGAAUUUCUUUUUGUGUGUAAAAACGUCUUUGCAGCUGUUUUGUAGUCGUUGUGGUUUUUACCCAGAGCCCACUGGGCUUUAUUUAACCUCCUUGGGUUUUGUUUUUUAAGGAUUAAUUUAACACCGCUAACCGUUUUAUUACUUUUAUCAAAGAAAGCAAAGGAAAGUCUAUUUUUGAUUUUUGUUUCCUAGUUCUUAGGGACAUUAAAAACCAGCAUUACAGCU